AUGGCCUCAAACGACAAAAUAUCUCGUAGUGUUGCUUUGGAACAGACAUACGUUCACGACGUUUAUGAGCAAUACUAUGAUAAUCCUCGAAGUAAGCCGUGGCCGAAAAUUAAAGAAUUUUUAUCGGGACUGGAACCGGGGUCUAUUGUGUGCGAUGUCGGUUGCGGCAACGGCAAAUAUUUGAAAGUAAAUUCGUCAAUUUAUAAUUUAGGAGGGGAGAAAUCAAUUAGACUGAGCGAAUUAGCUAGACAAACAGAAAAUGAGAUAAUUAAAUUAGAUAAUUUGGCCUUACCAUUUCGGGACAAUUCGUUGGACGCGGUGUUGUCUAUAUCGGUUGUACAUCAUUUGGCCACCACGGAGAGGCGCGUUUGUGCUCUUAGGGAGUUGGCUCGAGUUUUGCGAGUAGGAGGAAGACUGGUAAUCACUGUAUGGGCCAUGGAACAAGCUCACAGGAAAUUCGAGUCUCAAGAUAUAUUAGUACCAUGGCGUAAACCAAUCCAUAUUAGUACAUCUUGCGAUUUGACGUCGACAACAAACUCAGAAGACGAUGGCCAGCAUCCAUAUCACGCCUACACUCAGACCUCAGAUAGUGAUUCAAACAAAUCAUUUAGGAACACGUUUCGAAAGAAAGGCCGCGGCAACCAUCAUCGCAAAGGUAGAUCCAUAGAUCCAGGAAGGUGUUCGUCUCCCGGAAGCUCGUCGCUAUCAUCUCCGAAUGAAACGUGUUACAGUUUUGUGAGGAGGGCCAUACAAAAGUUGGCUGGUGGUAGUCGGAGAGUGGUGGGAAACAGACCUUGGUUCCUGGAAAGCUGGAUAGCUUGUACGCAUAAACAGCCUAUUCAAAAAAGGUACGAUCCGGAUGGCUGCGAAUACUGCGAAUGCUGCGGAUACGACAACGUCGAAGACCAACCCAUAGAAUUAUUAAGGCUAGACGACGAAGAACCCAAAGAACUGCCCCGAAGACAAACAUUUCCCGCUUCCCAAUUAAUCGCCGACAUUGAUGCGCUCAAAUCGAAAAGUAUGAGUAACAUCAAUGCCAUACAAGCAAAUAAUAAUAACAAUAAUCUGUUUCAAUCAUGCGACCAGAAUGUGACAAGCCAUACUGUAAAAAAAUCGCCCGAAGUAACGAAAAUAACCCUCACCAAACCGAAAUUAGUGAAACAGAAAAAAUCCGUGUGUGAUGAAGAUGCCGACGAGGCUUUGGAUCAACCCACGGAUAUGAAAGAGGCGAUCACAAAAAUUCCCGUAAUCAGAGACUCCCUAAUCAGAUACGAACGAGGAGGGGUCUUAAAACAGCGUUCCUUAAACGAAGAAAUGUUGUCUACCGAUAGAUUGAGAGAGAAAGAAAGACUUAAACAAAACAUACAAAAGCAAACUUCGUUGAACGAGGAGCUUAUUUACAAACGGACUCACACUUUCGAGUCCCUGAAGGAUUCCAUCUUUUCGGUUGCCAGUUCGAAAAAGCUUCAGAUGAUCAAAAUCGGCCUAACCAAUAAAAUCAGGAACUCUACCACGAAUAUGGAGAAAGUUACAAGCAGUUCGUUAAAAAAUGGCUUUGUCCGUAUUUUCCAAAACUGGAAAGGAGCUGAAUUGCUAUCACCAACGGCAUGCGACGAGUUAAUAGAAAACGGAAGAAAAUGCCAAAAAACACAAGUUGAGGAAAAAGAACAAAACGAUUCUAAUACCACUGAAAGGAGGCACUCAAAAGAAGACGGUUCAGACUCAUCGAAGGACAGUAGUCUCCAGUCUGACACCAGUGUCGACUCAGAGGAUUCCUUUGCAUCGGUUAUUUUUGUCCCCAAAUCUGAUCCAAUGUCACCUAUUGGCGGUACUUUGUCAGCGGGACCAGCAUCUCCUUUACUGAAAGGCGGAUGUCAGUCUGCCCCACAAUCUCCUCGAAUCAAGCAGUCGAGCUGCCCGACCAGUCCGCGAGUGAAACAAAUGUCGAUUGGAGUACAUCCGCUUACCAAACAAUUCAGUUCUCCAAAACCAUCUACAGAACUGCUGACAACUACUACAGCUGUUUUCUUUCCAACUGACGACAAAGAAUGCGAUCUCAAACCGAAUCUGUUACCCGUUCAACACGUCCAGAAACAGACCAAAGAAAGUACAAAAACGUUAGCUCAGAAAUAUGCAGUUCCGCAAAUUCCAAAAUUCAAAAGGACCAGUCUCAAUACUCCUAACUUAAAAGAUAACUCCAACUGCAUAUCAACAUCUAUUAAGCCUAAAACAAACAUAAUUGUAUCGGAUGGAAACUCAAACUAUACAGACAAGCAAUCGGGGUUUGUUACGUUGCAAGAUGAAUCUAGGAAUGAAAAAUUACGAAAAAUUCGAGAGAUACUAUGUCAGAAACCGGGAUUUGGCAUGAAAUCUACGAGAAACAACUGUCCAAUUGUUAGAAAAAUAUCAGAUUCGGAUGGUAAAGAAGAGACAAUAGCUAAACGGAUUCCGAAAUUACUUAAGUUAGAAAUAUUCAAUCCAGAAGAAGACGACGAUAGCGAUUCCAGUUGUGUUUCAUCCCCAGACUCAGUAGAUAGCGUAGUUAGUAUUAAGUCGAGCAGUAAACAUACUUCGCCACCGUAUAGUUCUGUUAAGGGUAGAUUUUAUUUUCCAGAGAAUAAUAACGUUAACGAAGGUAUGAGUUUGCUGGAAGCUGCGGCUAAUGUAGCGAAUAGUCUAGAUGAAGCUGUAGAUAAAGUUAUUAAAUCGAAUUCAAAAUGUAAAAGAAAGUUACCAACUGGUGAUGUCUUCUCCAUUUUACAGAGAAGAUUUUCACCUGACACCAUGCCCCUGUUGGAUGAUGAUGGAGAAAAUGGCGAUACUGAUGGCUCUCGAAGAUCUAGCAAUACGUGGAACGAAGAAUGUCACAAACAUUUAACCGCUUUCGCUGACAAGCUUAGUGAAAAAUUAAUGAGGGAAAUAGAUGAUUACCAGUUAACGAUGGACAACAUAGAUGACCCAUACAUCCAUCGGCUUAGCGAAGAACUCCACGACUUGUCCAAACUAAGCGCGGAAAUCAAAAAGCAAAACGAAUACCUGACGCGCCUGUCGCAAAGUACCACCACCUACGCGCAAAAGAUUAAAUCCAAGACGUGUACGAGAUGCAGAAAGUACCCCGAAUGUCGUUGCAAGCUUUUCUCCAGCCGAAAUAAGCAUGGCAAAGUAAAAAGUGAACCCAACAACACGACAAGCAGCCAAAAUACUAGCCAAGAGAACCUGACAACACAAAACACUAUCAUAAGUUCGGCUUUAACUAGUUAUAGCAAAAAUUCCACGGCCAAUUCUGUACAUAGAUCGGAAAAUGUGAUUAGUGUAAAUACCGUUAAACUUACCACAAAUGUUCUAGCCAAUCACGGACGUCGAGCGGACUGUUUUGUCAAUGGUAGCGCGGAAGGAGACCAAAGUGAGAGGAAGCGAGAUGGGAUGAUGUUAGAGGAAGAGGUAGAGUUGAUAGAAUCUGGGAGAGAUUUAGGAGAUCGGAGACCGUUGAUAGCGAAAGGAAAUUCAACCGAUUCCUGUGAUUCCUCCGAAAAAGUUUCAGGGAGCAGUAGUAAUUCGGUAAUCUCCAGCGGCGCAACUUCGAUCAACUUUGGCGGGCCAUCGAUAGCUUCAUCCGUGGGCGAUUUAUCAGUAGACUCUAAAGAUAGCGUUAGCGAUGCGGGAAGCACUGCCUCGCUCAUCUCCUUCGAGACGAAGACCAAGAACCGACUGGAAGUGAUGGAUUCCUUGACGCCGGGUCAUUUGAAAAAGAGGGAUCCGUCGGGACUGAGUGACAUUUCGCAGGAUUCUCUACCUUCCGACGAAAUAGGAGGAGAAAUUACUUAUCAUAGGUACUACCACGUAUUCCGCGAAGGUGAAUUAGAUCAACUGAUCGACAAAUACGUCGACAAUCUGCACAUAGUCUCUUCGACCUACGAGCACGCCAGCUGGUGUAUCGUCGCCGAAAAAGUCCAAGUCUGGACUAUCUGA